AUGACAAAAUCACAAGAACAGCUCCAGUGCGCCGUCGUUUACCCUCGACCUGGGAAAGCAGAUCAGUUGACAGAAAUCAUGGACGGGAUCAUCGCAUCAUCCAUGCAGGAAGACGAACCCAAUGUGCUGCACAUGGUCCCUGUCCUGGUUAACGCCCGUGGGUUGACCGUUCGACAAGCAGUCAAGGAGACUGAAGCAGAGACCAAUCGGAAUAUCGAGUGCUUUGAUCAAAUUGCCAAUGCACUAUUGGAGGAGAUCAAACUCACCCAUCCGGAGAAAGUUGACGAGGUAUCUAGCUACGUGGAUGGAUGUCGCUACAACCAAAUGGCCAACUUCUUGUGGAGGCAUGCAGCCCGUCUAGGAUAA